CCAAAGCUCCGCCCACCAAUGUUAGGUGAAGAUAUAAAUCUUGACCUUACCUUUGAUAUGGACACCCCGGAACCAAACCCAUCCAAACCAGUAAUCGCUCCCUUUAAGAAGUUGAAGCUCGAUCGCGGAAAUUCCCCUGUUAAGAGCCCAGCAAAGAAUACCUCGCAGGAGUCUAAAGCCUUAAAGACUGCGCCAGGUCACAUAAACAUUGAUGAGGAAGAUGAACCCAGGUUGCCAUCAUUUAUAAAGAACUCUCUGCUGCACAAGAGACCGGUUGGGAGUAUGUUACCUGCACAGCGGAACACAGGAGUGAUCAGGACAGGAUUUGACGGUCUUGGUGGACGAACAAAAUUUAUUCAG